AGCAAGGCAUUCGUUUACCUUAUUGCAUCAGUCAUGGAUACCAAGCGCAAGGUUGACGAGUCACUCGCAUUACUCAAUUCUCUUUUUGCUCACCCUAACAAGAAGUCAUUCGCAGGAAAGCUAGCAAGCGAUACGAAUGAUGGCACCAGUUAUUCUGAAGGUAUCAGUGGUAAAGAUGGCGAAGCAGAUGCCAGCCAUGUGCAUGAUCAGCCAUCCUCAACUGUAACUGUCACAGCAGGGCUUAAGAAGAGAAUCUAUCUACCACCUCGCCCAUCAGUACUGGAUAAACUCUCACGGUUGUCAACCUCGCGACCGACGUUGGAAGAUUCUAUUGCAGCUUCAAUCGCAGCCAGUGCAUCAGCAACUCAGUCCGGUUACUCAGAAGCACCCGUUCAUCAUCUAUCAUCAAAAUAUAUGCCUACAGCCGUACCAUCCUCAAAGAAGCCAGUAGUCGGCUCCCUUAAAUCCAACAAACAAAGGUAUCUUCCUUGGUCCAGAGAUCAAUUUCAUGAGCGCUUGAAGACAUUCAAGCCAUCCACAUGGUUCGACAAGCCUAAAGCAGUCAAUGCUGUUGAGUGUGCUAAACGUGGGUGGAUCAAUCAAGGAGACGAUAGACUAGAGUGUUGUGGAGGGUGUAAUGGGGUAGUCAUUGUGAAGACGGAUUAUGAGCAGAGCAGGGGUGAUGGGGACAUGACCGUAGAUAAUGUGGAGGGUACAUCAAACGAUGAUUCGGAAAUGUUUGAUCUCCUACAAGAGACGGACCUCGAAGUUUUAGGAUCAAAAUUUCAUGCGAUGCUUACCGAUAAUCAUGAAUCCACAUGCCCAUGGAAGACACACCCUUGUGAUAACAACAUCUACAAGUUUCCUGUAGUAACUCCGUCGCAGGCUCGAGAGGACCUUUUGUAUCGAUUACACCAGUUAGAAGCAAUGGCAAGCGAUCCUUUAAUCGAGAAGAUACGGCAUCCAUUGGGAAACGCUGAAGUUGAAGAGCUGAAAGGCAUGUUUCCAGAUAUUGAAAAUAAUAAACUUCUGAUCCUGUCUCUCUUUGGAUGGACGGCUCAGAGGGACCGCAAGAUGUUGAUCUGUUCAGCAUGUCACACUCAAUGCACCUAUAUUCCUAGUAUACCUAAUUUUGGGUCCAGCAGUGAUGAUUUAACCAGUGAAGUCGAUAAGCAUACGGACAGUAACCUGAAUGAAGGGGAAGAGAAUGACGCUGCGUUCGAUGUUGUUCAGUCACAUCGAUGGUAUUGCUAUUGGGUUGAUCCUCAGUAUGAUACUGAGAUGAGAGAGGGAUGGAGAAUUCUGUUGGCAGGCUUGACCACAUCCUCUGCACGUGGAAAAAGCACAGUAGACGGUUCACUAGAUCAUCAUUCUACUACGAAGAUUGCGCCAAACGAAGCAUUGAUUCAGGUAAGGCGCAUGCUCCGUGGCCAGACUGCAUUGUCAUCUGUCCGAAGAUCUGAAAUAUAAAAAUGCAAAGAAAGAGG